AAUGUCGACAUUGCUCGAUGAAAUAUGAAACUCUAUUGCGUGUGGCCGGACAUGAAUCUUUUAUAUUGGUCUCAUUGCACGAACUUAAGUUAAAAACAUUGAGAUACGUAGAUUCCUUUUCAAUCGUCCGCCCGUAAAAUCUUAUAGAGUCGCUCAUAGAUCGAGUGGCUAAACUGCUGACAAAAAUGGCGUAUCGUGGAGUAAAGGGUUCUGAUCCGUUUGUGUCAAAAACUUCGCGAAAUGAACGUUUCGCGCAGAUGUCAAAGCAAGAACAGAUCAUCCAACAGAAGAAGAUGGAAAUUCAAGCGAAACUGCAAGAACAAAAAGCGAAGGAAGCCGUGGAAUGCAUGAAGAAGUCUAGCUCGUCAGCUUCCACUACAACAACUAAUAAGGGCACUGCACCAAAGGAAGAUGAUGAAAAGCCUACUAUGAAUGUGUUUGCCAAUGAUGGCAGUUUCCUUGAUCAAUUUAAAAAGAUAGCCAAUAAAACAACUGUUAAACAAGAUAAAGAACAGGAUAAAGAAGAUAAGAGAAAAGAUGAGAGAAAUUAUGAAGCUGUUAGAGAGAAAGAUAGGGAAAGAAAGCGCAGCAAUGAAAAGAGUAGAGAUUGGGAUAGUAGACGCGAUCGCCGAAGGAACGAUACUCGAUGGGGAAGAAGUUCAGAUAGGAGACACAGUUCGUCGUCAAGCCCAUCGCCUACCAGGCGAAGAUCACCACCUAGUCCAGAGAUACGACAUAGCUACAGUCAAUCGCAAAAUGGACAACGCGCACAAUUUCAGAAUCAACAAUUCCCAAUUCAAAAUAACAACCAUGUCUCUUCUAUCCCGUCCCUCAUGUCCCAACCAGUGCAGAUGCAAAUGACAAAUAUACCGCCCCCGAAUAUAAGGAACUUGACACCAAAUAUUCCAUCUGCACAUAUGCAAAGGAUACCGAUGUCGAAAAAUUUUAGCAAUAAUUACACUAACAUAAAUGAGCAUUCUAAUAAUGUGAGAAUGCAAAUCGCGCCAUCGCAUAUCAUACGUCCUCCACCUCCCCCUCCUAUUCAGAGCAUUCCACCUAAUACAAAUGUUCCACCACCAAAUAUGCAAAUGUCUCAAGCUAUGCCAAUAUCCAAUUUGUCUUCACCAUCAAACGCACAACAGCAUAUUAUACAGAAUCAGCAACAAUGCAAUGUACCGCCACCAGGGUGCAAUGCUAAUUUGCAGCCUCCGAAUAUUCCUCCACCUAACAUACCACCUCCAAACAUUUUACCAUCAAUGUCCCAAAUGCCACCGACCAUGAUGCCUAUUACAGGCUCACAAACCAUUGUAGUAACGGUACCAAAUGUAGCUAAUGUUCCACCUCCAAAUGUGAUAACAUCUAUGAUAAUGUCAGGACCUCCGCCAGUUCAUACUGUCCCAUCAACGAUCAAUUCGGUUCCACCACCAAAUUUGAACAUCCCUCCACCAAACAUCCCGCCACCUAAUAUCAUUCCUAAUGCAGCACCAACGCGUGGUCUCAUAUCCAGCGGCUAUGCUCUUUCCAAUCAGGUACCUAUUUCGGUGGGCCCUCCUAACGUACAAAUACCACCACCCGUAAGACCACCGGCUAAUCUACAGAAUUCCGAACAACAAGUGUGUUUAGUAGAGGCUGAGCAGCUGGCACGAAUCGUGGCUGACUGUGGGGAUGAGAUAGAACAAGAAGUACGAGAGAAGAAUGCCCAAGAUCCUAAAUUAUGGUUUCUGCACCAAAAGCAAAGUGCAGCGUAUCUGCAGUACAGGGGAUUGGUUUCAAAAUUACGGGCGGAGAAACCAGAUAAAGAUAAGAAGAAUACUGGUGCAGAACUUUAUUGUCCAGAAGAAGCUCUUAGUGACAAUGAUGAGGAUAAAUCUCAGAAAUCUCAUUUAAUUCCACAUGCAGAUCAGUCAAAGGACGAUAAUAAAGAAGAACGGAAAAGAAGAAAACGUAGUCGCUGGGGUGAUCCAGACAAUAAGGUUCUUGUUACAGAAACAAAUAUAUCUUCUGGUAAUAGAUCAGGUGCUGUACUUCCGCAACCUGGUAUAGCUAUACCAGGACAAAUUGGACAACCUGCAGUCAUAAUACCUUCUCCGUCAAAGAGACAACAAGUUAAAUCAAAAAAUCCGAUGCUUACCAAAAUUUCACGUAAUGAUCCUGCACUUAUCCACUAUGCGAGACAAACGUUUGGAACGCUCGAUUUAAGCGAAGAACAAUGGAAAAAGGCAGAGGAUCAUUAUAAGAUAAAUCUUUUAUACCAAAAUCUCUUGAAGAAAAGAGAAGAAGUGAAACGUUUGGAAGCACAAGGGAAACAUAAAUACGAGUACGACAGCGACGAAGAAACAGAAGGAGGAACUUGGGAACACAAACUGAGGUCCGCUGAAAUGGAAGCGACACAGAUGUGGGCCGAGGAAUUAACUGCGCAAGCGGAAGGCAAACAUCAUAUUGGCGAUUUUCUACCUCCGGAUGAAUUAAAAAAAUUUCUGGAACAAUAUAAUGCUGUGAAGCAAGGCAAAGAACCCGACUUGAGUGACUAUAAAGAAUACAAGUUAAAGGAGGAUAACAUAGGAUUUCAAAUGUUACAAAAGCUUGGAUGGAGUGAAGGACAAGGGUUGGGCAGUGAGGGUAGUGGUCGUAUUGAACCAAUUAACAAAGCAACAAAUAGACUCGAUAGUGCUGGUCUAGGAUCUGAAAGACCAGAUGGAGUAUCUAGAGAUGAUGAUGAAUUUGAUGCAUACAGAAAACGGAUGAUGCUUGCGUAUAGAUUUAGGCCUAAUCCAUUAAAUAAUCCAAGAAGACCUUAUUACUAAAAGCUAAAAUACAUUAUUACUAAACUAGUAUUCCUUUUAUUACUGAACAGUAGUAGAUGCCUUUAUUUUGUA